UUAUCUUCUUCUCCACACAACACAACCAUUCCCUCUCUCUCUCUCUCUCUUCCUUUCUUGCAAUUAGAUUAUACAACAAUGGCACCCUGCAUCGACACUUCCAGAAGCACCGGAAAAGCCCUUCUUUCUCAAGACGAUAAUUCUCGCUUCCAUUACAUAAAUCUCUUCCCACCCGGCGGUCGAAUUUCACGAUCACCCAUCACAAUCACAAGCUCUCUGUUUCAAGACAAUCGAGUCGAUGGUGAUGUCUGGGCUAAGAUGCUUGACGAAGCUAAAUCCGACGUCGAGCAAGAACCGGUUUUGUCAAGCUACUAUCACUCUUCCAUUGCAUCGCACGGAUCCUUAGAAUCCGCUUUGGCGAACAUUCUCUCGGUAAAGCUCAGCACUUUAGCCUUACCAAGCAACACCCUCUUCGAACUCUUCAUCAGCGUCUUGGAAGAAAGCCCAGAGAUCAUCGAAUCGGCGAAACAAGACCUGUUAGCAGCAAAGGAAAGAGACCCAGCUUGCGUAAGCUACGUCCACUGCUUCCUAAGCUUCAAAGGCUUUCUCGCUUGUCAAGCUCAUCGCAUCGCUCACAAGCUCUGGGCCCAAGACAGAAAGAUCCUCGCUUUGCUCAUCCAAAACAGAGUAUCCGAAGCUUUCGCCGUCGAUAUCCAUCCCGGAGCUAAGAUCGGGAAAGGGGUUUUGUUAGACCACGCGACGGCCGUGGUGAUCGGAGAGACUGCGGUGGUUGGAGACAACGUUUCGAUUCUCCACGGCGUGACGCUCGGAGGAACAGGGAAGCAGUCCGGCGAUCGGCAUCCGAAGAUUGGCGACGGAGUCUUGAUCGGAGCAGGGACUUGUGUUUUGGGGAACAUAACAAUCGGUGAGGGAGCUAAGGUUGGAUCGGGGUCGGUGGUGCUUAAAGACGUGCCGCCGCACACGACGGCGGUGGGAAACCCGGCGAGAUUGAUCGGUGGGAAAGAGAAUCCGAAAAUGCUUGAUAAGAUACCCGGUUUGAGCAUGGACCAGACAUCCUACUUAACCGAGUGGUCUGAUUAUGUCAUCUAAAACACAAACAAAACAAAAGGUGUAAUUAUUGUCUUCGCGGCGUGUUAUCUAAUCCACGUGUAAAUAAAUUAAAUAUAAAUCAAAGUACAAAAAAAUUACUCUGAUUUGCAAACAAA